AUGGCUCAUGGACUGCAGGUAAGAGAUGAGGAAAGUGGCUACAACAAAAAUCUGUUUUGCAUUCCUAAGCAUUAUGAAGAAGAUUUAGAAAGAGUUUUCAUUCCUCAUGGACUCAUCCUGGACAGGACAGAACGUUUGGCUAGAGAUAUCAUGCAAGACAUGGGAAGUCAUCACAUUGUUGCACUCUGUGUCCUUAAGGGAGGCUAUAAAUUCUUUGCUGAUUUGCUGGACCGUAUCAAAGCACUAAAUCAAAAUGGUGAUAAAUCUGUUCCUGUUACCGUGGAUUUUGUCAGAAUAAAAAGCUACUGUAAUGAUUCACCUGCAGAAAAAAUCAGUUUUGUCGGAGAGGAACUGUCUACACUAAAUGGGAAGAACGUGUUAGUAGUAGAGGACAUUAUUGAGACUGGUAGAACAAUGAAAGCACUGCUUUCAAAAAUAAAAGACAAGAAACCAAGGAUGGUAAAAGUUGUAAGCCUCCUUGUUAAAAGGACAAGUCAGAGUCCAGGCUACAGACCAGACUAUACAGGCUUUGAAAUUCCAGAUAAAUUUGUGGUUGGAUAUGCUCUUGACUAUAAUGAAUACUUCAGAGAUUUAAAUCACAUCUGCAUUCUGAAAGAGAAUGCCAAAGAGAAAUACAGGAUGUGA